AUGCCCUUCGCCACGCGCGAUGGUGUGAAGAUCUACUACGAGGAUUCAGGCGGCUCAGGCCCAGUGCUUUUCAUGACGCACGGCUUCAGCGGGACAGGUGAGACCUGGGACGCACAGCUGGAACUGUCAAACGAGUUCCGCAUCAUUCGUUGGGAUAUGCGAGGUCACGGCCGGUCAGACAGUCCAGACGCGGCGGAGUUGUACAGCAAGCAGCACCAGCUUCAGGACAUGGAGAGCGUCCUGGACGACUGUGGCGUGGCAUCUGCCACGUUCGUCGGGCAUUCGAUGGGGGGCUUCGACUCGCUCCUUUUUCUGCUCAGCAGCCCAAGCCGUGCCGCACGGGUGCAGGCCUUGGUGCUGAUCAGCACCGGGCCAGGAUUUGCGAAGGCCGAGUCGCGGCAGCGCUGGAACAGCCGCGCCGAGGUUCUGGCCGCCGACUUCGCUGUGAAGGGCCGAAGCGCGUUGCCGAAGGCGGAUCGGGGCAAGAGCCACAGCGACCGCGGCGUACAAGUGGGCCUGGCGAACUCGGCCAAGUACAUCUUCGCUCAACUGGAGGAGGACCCACUGCUCAGCACGAUGCCUCACGGUGCGGCGAGUGUCGCCCUGAGAUUGGAUGAGGUCAAAGUGCCGACCCUUGUUCUGGUGGGAGAGCAGGACAAGUCCUUCCAUGCUGCCGCACAGAUGAUGGCAAAGAAGGUCGCCGGCGCAAAGCUUGUUCUAAUCCCCGGCGGAGGGCACAUGGUGCAAGAAAGUCACGGAGCCGCCGUCACUGCAGCUCUGCGCCAGUUCUGCGCCCUCCGGCAGCCGUCAAAGCUCUGA